GAAAAAGACAUCUUACCCAUCCAUCACUAGUGAACAUCCAGUCAAUCGACAGUCUGCCACCGGAGCGAGGACCUCUUCUCCUUGUGAACUGGCAAUAUGUCAGCCACCCUAGCAAUCAAGUCGGAAGCCAAAUCGGCAGCCAGGUCGGCGGCUAAACUGGCAGGGACAGGAAAGAAUGGUGUCGUCUCACUUCUUCCUCAACGUCUACUCAACUUCUUCGCUAAAUACCCCCCGGAAAAUUACUCGGCAGCCACAUCUCCCGUCAAGAAGAUGCCACCCGGCGUAGCCAACACAUUGAAGGAAGCAGAUGCCGAAGCAGUGUCUGGUGAAUCAACAACAUCAGAACUGGCAGAAUUGCCCUCUCCUUACACACCGAACCGAGACGCAAAAGGUGUGAAACGAGACCCGACAGUAUGGUCGCCGUCGAAAGCAUUGCUUUACACAUGCAAGGAAUUCCCCAACCCUUUCCUCCCAUCAAAGAAUCCCAAGGGUGAAUGGUGGGCGCCAAAGUUUGGCCUCCGACAACAGGCCGAUCUAGUGAAACUUGCGAAGAAAUACGGAGUGGAGGAGCUAUUACCAUCAGGACGCAAAUCGACUAUAUUCAAAGAGACUCGUCGUCAGGAGCGCGGCCUGGCCAUCAAGGGUACUGGUAUCGGCCAGAAGGUCAAGGGUCACAAGUGGGAGAGAACAAUGGAGACUCGACUCGAAGAGAGAAGGAAAGCUAUGAUGGAAAUGCCAGAGCUUAUCAGAUUAUGGAAACAGAGAGGUCACGGACGAGGAUGGAAGAAGUGGCCGAAGCGGUAAUCGCUUACACGGUCUUGUUUCAUUUUUGAUCUUAUUUUGUCGCUCUACCUCGCAUGUCUAUUGGCGAAUUAUCAUGUUCAGAAGGGUUUGGUUGUAUUAUAUUGUGUAAAUCUACAAGAACAAUUGGAGUAUAUUUUCUUACAUGCAAUACAUUGACAAAGUUAUAU